GUCAAAAUCCCUCAUUCUGCACCACAGGUCUCCCUUAGCCAGAUGCUUCGAUCACUUCAAAGGUUUAGAAUACACGUGCAGUCGUGAAAUAAACCCGGAAUGAACUGAACAACUGAACUCCCACAACAAGGAAAUUGCCCAUGCAUUGACCAAAGCCCUGUGGAUGGGUUUGUUAUGUUAAUUUUUCACGCCUAUACAUGAGUUUUGUUUAUCAUACCCCACCUACGUGGCUUGAAUAUAGGCACUCGGUCUUACCCCUCCUCCCUUCAAGUUGUUUCCCUAGACACCUACGUGCCAUCUCUUUACAACUCAACUCAACCCAGUGCCGGCAUAGUAAUGUUUGUACCCUGGGCUUAGUCCCACAAUGCCAUGCCCAUCCGACUGCUUGGUAUACACCUGUAGGCUAGGUGUAUCACUCCGCGUUACUACAUCCAUCCCAUCAAAAGUCUACAGCUUGUCGCAAUGACGGGGUACAGCUCCGAGGGUGGAGCAAUUCAUGAUCCGCAGUCGGACGUAGUUUCUCGGUGGACACAGUCCGAUCUGGGACCCGCGAGAGAGGAUAAGGAAGGUGCCUUGAAGAGCGAAGAUAUCGAUCAAAUGCCGCCAGCUUCAGCAUUGGGACUGCUCUGCGUUUAUAUCGAACUGCUUGCUAAGCAGACCAUUGACGACCUGGACGACUGUCGGGUAGAUGCUAUUCCCCUAGCCAAGGACAGGGCUCAAGGUGAUAGCGUGUCCAGUGGGGAAGCCACCCCCGUAAGCGGUACUGAGAUACAUUGUUGCCCUGCAGGCUAUAAUGAUGCGGGACGCGAUCUUAUCCAACUGGGCAUACUUUCUAAGAGGUUUCUCUCAAAGCGCGUGCCUUCGAUCGCAUUAAAGGACUACCUCCUGCGGCUUCAUCGUUACUGCCCAAUGUCAACGGCCGUCUAUCUUGCUACAAGCAUGUAUCUUACCCGAAUGGUUACUGUCGAAAGAACUAUAUCACUGAACCAUAGAAACAUGCAUCGUCUGGUCCUUGCUGGUCUUCGAGUAGCGAUGAAAGCGCUGGAAGAUCUUAGUUAUCCUCAUAGUCGCAUUGCGAAGGUUGGCGGAGUGACCGAACGCGAACUUUCGAAGCUCGAGAUUAGCUUUUGCUUUCUGGCUGAUUUUGAAUUGCGAGUUGAUGUUUCUAUGCUCACCAAUCAGGCAAGGGCUCUUGAAAAGAAUGUCGGCUACUACGGUGAUAUUGCCAGUUAGUAUACUAAUGCUACCAGCUCCGUGCAUGAAUUUGCUGUUAUUGUAUGUAGACCGAUGGCUUUCGAGAUAUCCAUGGGAUCCAUGUUGUAUGGUUAGCCUAUCCAAAUACUGCCCCGGUAGCAUCACAAUGCGGUUGCCUAAUUCAAUCAAUAUCUUUUAUUUCCCACCAACUCUUAUGGCUGAGUAAUUCGGUUUUGUUAUAAUUAAUGGGAUUCAAAAGCAGAUACGC